GGGUUUGGGACCCCCAAAAACGUCCCUGUCCCACCCCCCCCCAGAGAGCUGCCUGAACCUGGAGCUUCGCUUCACCCCCUUCCAGCUGUGCCACGCCCAGGUCCGUGUGGGGGAGCACCUGGAGACCGUGUUCCUGCUGAGCGGGAACGACCCCGCCAUCCACCUGUACAGAGAGAACCCCGGCUCUCACCAGUUCGAGGAGCAGCCGAUCCAGCUGCUCUUCCCGGAGCUCCAGGACGUUCCCAGCACGGUGCUCUGGCUCGACGUCCGCCCCCUGCCCGGCUCCGGCCAUCGCCUCUCGGCGCUCGGCUGCCAGAGCGGCUUCGUGCGGGCGGCGCGCGUGGACGAGGCCUCGGGCGCGGUGCUGCAGAGCUGGAGCGCGCAGCAGGACGGGCCCAUCUCGGCCGUGCUGCUCUUUCCCGCUGCCCGCAGGGGGCGCCGAGGAUCCCGAGGAUUCCUGGAGCCUCCUGGUGAGCAGCACCCUGGAGGCGGCCGUGGUUUAUCGGCGCCUCCUGCGCCGGGGCCUGGCCGAGCCCCUGGAGCUGCCCGGGAGCCGCGGCUCCGACGCCGUCGUCUGCGCCAAGUCACCGACGUCGACUUCGACGGCGCCGCCGAGAUCCUGCUGGGCACCUACGGCCAGGAGCUGCUGUGUUACAAAUAUUCCGGGGCGGAUUCGGGCGAUUUUGGCCAAUUCCGGCCGCUAUGGGCGCGGCGCUUCCCCUCCCCCCUGCUGGCGCUGGAGCCGCUCGACCUGACGGGGGAUGGGCUGCAGGAGCUGGCCGUGGUCUGCCUGGGGGGGCUGCACGUGCUCCAGGUG